UUCUCACUUGUUCUGACACUACCCUUCUCUCUCCUCUCUCCACUCAAGGUGUAAUUUUGUUUGUUUUAUGGGUGUUUAACACCCAUUUUUCAGCUUGGUUGGCCACUUUCUCACUCCCCCAUUCCCACUCUAUUUCUCCCUCUCUUUUUUUCUCUCCUGGAAAACAGAGUAUAACAGGGGAAAACAGAUUAAGAGAGAGACUUGAAAACAACACACUAUGGAUCCGUUAACCUACUUCAAGCUCAACUUCAUCCUCAACCUUGCUCUCCUGCCACUCGUUCUUACAGGUGUAUCAGGAGCAACCUUCACAUUCGUCAACAAAUGUGAAAACACAGUAUGGCCCGGAAUACUUGCCAAUGCAGGUACCCCAAAUCUGGAUUCCACCGGUUUCGAACUCCCGACGGCAACAUCCCGGUCUUUCCAAGCCCCAACCGGUUGGUCUGGUAGAUUCUGGGGCCGUACUGGCUGCAAUUUUGCAGACUCCGAACUAGGCUACUGCGCAACCGGAGACUGCGGCUCCGGCAGUGUCGAGUGUAACGGAGCCGGUGCCGAGCCUCCAGCAACCCUAGCCGAGUUCACCCUUGGCUCAGGUAGUCAAGAUUUUUAUGACGUCAGCCUAGUUGACGGCUAUAAUCUACCCAUUUUGGUUGAAGUAAGUGGUGGGUCCGGUUUAUGCGCUGCAACCGGGUGUGUGGUUGAUCUGAACCAGGUUUGCCCGGCUGAGCUGAAAGUAGGGAACGGUGACGCGUGUAGGAGCGCGUGUGAGGCUUUUAGAAGUCCGGAGUAUUGUUGCAGUGGCGCGUAUGGUUCACCGUCUACGUGUAAGCCGACGGUGUACUCCCAGAUGUUUAAAAUGGCGUGUCCGAGGUCUUACAGUUAUGCAUAUGAUGAUCCUACUAGCACUUUCACUUGCAGUGGAGCUGAUUAUACCAUCACCUUUUGCCCCUCUACUCCAAGUCAAAAAUCUACGCCUACUGCCACUCCAGUAACAACUCCAGUGACAACGACACCACCAAUUUUAUCCGGGUCAGAUCCGAUGGACUCAUCAUCAAAUGGAGCAGGAGGAGACAUGUCAUACGGGUCAGCUUCUGAGGGUGUGCCAGGAAUGGUAACUGGACCCGGAACUACAACCUCAGCAAUGGUAGCUGAUGGAUCAUGGUUAGCUGGCUUAGCCAUGGGAGACUCACUUUGUUUACAACCCACGUUACUAACACCCUUUGUCUUUGCAAUUUUCUCUCUCAUCUUCUUCUUCUCUCUGUAGUGAAAUUACUACUAAGGGAUCGAGGUGUCGAUCAUGUGUGCAAUGAGUAAUGUCUUUCAUAUUUUCCAGUCUAGCAUUUCAUCGAACAGCAUGCAGGCAAAGCCGAAAAAGGAAAGCUGAAGAUUCGCCGAAAAGACAAUUAAAAAUUGCUGUUUAAUUGGGAUUAGGAUAUAAUUAAUUAGGUUGAUAUUAUGAACUCUUUUAGUGUGAAAUUGUACAGAAAAAGGGUUGGCGGGGUUGUAGGAGGGAUCUUAAUUGCGGGUUUUGCAAGAUUGCAGUUUGUUUUCUGCCAGCAAUGGCCAAUGGGGAUUGUAAUUUUGUUGUUGAAUUUGUCUUUUAAACAUUAAUAUGAUUCAUAUUUAUGGCUUUUUGGUAGAA